GACAAGAUCAUCAUUGUUAACCGGAUAUUAUCCACACAGAACGGGAAUGCAGUAUUAUACUAUAUACCCACAUGAAGGUUAUGGCUUACCGGUCGACUUUGAAUUGUUACCUCAGAAAUUAAAAGAGCUUUGCUAUAGUACGUACGCGAUUGGCAAGUGGCAUUUAGGUUUCUGUGCUGAUGAAUACCUGCCGCAAAACAGAGGAUUCGACGAGUUUUACGGCACAUACACAAGUGGUGUGGAUUAUUUCGAAAAAACGUCAAGAGACCCGCUCACUGAUGAAUCAGCGUAUGAUCUUCAUCAGAAUAAAAAGAAAGUAAAACCUAAUGAAAACAAGUAUUUGUCGGAACAAUGCUUGGAAAAAGCCACUCGCUAUAUUGACAAACACGAUACGGACACGCCGUUAUUUAUGUAUUAUGCGUUUCAAUUAACAGGAUCUCCUCUACAGGUGCCCCAAGACAAAUUGGAUCAAUUCAGUCACAUCAAUCCGGAAAGACGUGCAUUCAUGGCAAUGGCUUCCGUGAUGGACGAUGCUAUACAAAGCGUAGUCGAUGCUCUUGAGGAUAAGGACAUGUUGGACAAUACGUAUAUCGUAUUCCUCAGUGAUAAUGGAGGCGAAGUAACGAAGGGAGGAAACAACUGGCCACUGCGGGGCAAUAAGGGAACACUAUACGACGGGGCCAUGCGUACCCCAGCUUUUGUUUGGGCCAAGCCUGGAACUGGCUUGAUGUCCACUGGUGGAAAUGUAGCUUCUGGCUUCAUGCACGCCGUUGAUUGGUUUCCAACGAUUCUUAGUAUCGCAGGAGGUACUAAUACCGAUGUAAACAUGGAUGGUAAGGACCAGUCGUUAAUGCUGUUGGAAGAUGUGUCUGUACAUCUCCGUACUGAGUUCCUGUACGCGUUGGACGAAAGCAUGAACGCAGCAAACAAGAGAGCUUAUAGGUUUGGAGAUUUCAAACUUAUCGAGGGUGAGCCAUCAUAUAUGUAUCCAGUGAGAAUCAAUGACGACACCGAUGACGUUUUUGUUCUGCCUUACGGUGCUGUCAGUCCAGUCAUCACCAACUAUAGUCCAAUCAUUCCCGUGCCUGGAGAACCAGUACCACAGCCAGCCCCAGCUCCAUCAGUGCCCCAGACACUAUUGUAUAAUGUGAAAAAUGACCCUACCGAACAAAACAACCUCGCUGGGAAUUUCAGAGUGUACGUUCUCAUUCUAUCAUCUAAAAUCAAUAUGGAGCGUAUUAAAGGGGUAGAAAGUCUGAAGUUGAAUGAAACCGCAUGGAACAAAGACGUGGCCCUCUAUAACGAAAUGAUUGCUGGCGGUGUCUGGAUGCCUGGUUGGUGCAGCGCAAUCAGUCUGUAA